AUGUUUCUUCGGCAUGGAAAUUAAAAAGAAAAUAUAAGAAAAUCCGUCUACAAAAAAAAAAAAAAAAAUCUCGAAGCUUACGUACAAGCUAGUCGAUUUCAAGCUUUUCAACACGUUUGAAUGACGAUCGUCGUUAGUCUCGAGUGGUACAUAUAAACAUGAAGCGUGAAUGCAUCCAUUGAACGAGAGCAAUUCACUGUGUCUGCGGGUCUUUAGACGGUUUUAAUCGCCCGUAGAGACGAUAUCGGUAAGCCGUGCUUCGCUGUGCCGCUGAAUCGAGAUUUCUCCUCGAAGAUCCGUGUAACGCUGAUGCCGAUGCGCGCGUUGCUCUUAAAAUAAACUCUCGGCCGACUACCCCGCGCUUCUUCCCCGAAGACGCCAUUUCAGGUCGCGUUAGUUUCAUCCGAGCGUCUACGCGACCUGCAUCCCUUCCCAAAACGCCACGGACAACUCUUUCUCUCCCUCCCUCUCUCUCUCUCUGUCUCUCUAUCACGCGAGUUUUUUUUCUUUCCUCACACACAAGUUUCCGCAGAUCCUUGGACAGAAUCGUUCGGGAUCGCGAAGAGUCGCAGGGAAUAACCGGAAGUCAACGAUAAUACUUUGACGCGUUGCCUCGACAAUUGUUGACCCGCAUUUCGGUCGACGUUACUCGGAGAAUUAGAGUCUUUUUUAGACCCUACAACGCCUACCGAUACACGUCAAGGGUGAAACUCUUGAGGUGCGAGUGAUUCAUGGUUCAAGUAUCAGCUACUCCGGUUGGCAGACGGUAUCAUAUCGUCUCGGUGAAGUGUCUUUUCAUCCGUGAUAUAUAUUCUUGAGUGAAUCUCUGAUACCGGAUCUCAAAAAUAGAUCUCUACACCCGGUUCGCGGUGAGGAGCAACAGGUGCUUCCAGUGUCCGAUGUCACCCUAGGAUGUUAUAUCUGUACAAGUCCGUCCGUGUGCGCGAGUCUGUGCCGGGUAUGAAUCAGACCUGCGGACUAGCGGAGAAGGAGUAAAAUUUUCUUUGUUGAUUCAAAGUUUUCUUUCCAAUCUACGAACCAACGGUACCUGCGACAUCUUUCAACCCAACGCGUCAAUUAAGUUUUUGAAAUAAUAACAAGGAGCAUCGUAACGAGGGAGUGACAACUGUGGCAAGCGCGUGCGUGUCCUACGUGUAAAUAAAAGUUCGAAGGAAAAAAAGUGUCCCGUUUUCGAGUAAUAUUCGGACUCAGCACACAUCAUACCUACCACCUACUCUGCUUUAUAUAUAUAUACACAUCGAUCCAAAUUUAUCGCGCUAAUUAUAUACGCACCUACCGCGACGUCGUCGACGACACGACGUGGUGGACCAAGUCGUUGCUGCAAUCUCUCUCUCUCUCUCUGUCUUUGUCCGUCUUUCUUUCUCUUUGGGAAGGAGAAAGAGAAGGAAGGAGCGAGCAUCGUAGAAUCCAAGAAGAGAAAACGGCAUGGCGCGACACCUGACGAACCUCUUCAUCAUCCUACCUCCAGCAUCGUCUUCGUCCUCGUCUUCCCGCCCGCUAAAGGUCAAUAGAAGCCGGUGAUCUCGCCGCGAUGUACGGCCGACCUGAGAAUCCGGAUACGCCUUCCCCGUGGCUGGUGCGAGCCGAGGUUACGAUAAGACGAAGCGGUGAUCAGGCCGUUGCUUCGGGAUCAAGGAGUAGUUCCGCCGGAUGUCCGGAAGCUGUGGGAACCGAGGGCGUUCAAAUGGUUUACAAGUGGGGUCGAGACCCGGGGGACGUCGACGGGAAUCCCGCCGGCUCCUACGCCUUUCAGCGGGGAAACAUUCUCUUCACAUCGACGCCGCCUCCUCGACCGUUCUCCGGGGGUCCGACCUCCGCUGCCACUUCCGCUCCAAGACACCUUGGCGUUAACGUUUCCGACUCUGGAUACAACAGCGAACAGUUUUCACCUCAGUCUUACUCCAGUCUACCGCAUCGACGACCCUGUCAACAGUACAACAGACGCUGCAAGAGCACAUGUAGCAUCGUUUUAUCCACCGCCGAGGAGCCCCGGGUUUCUGACAAACCCAAACCGCAAUGCCUGGAUCGCUGGUGCGGACAUUACGCUAAAGGCGGAUUUUUCAAACCAGUUCCUGAGGCCUGCGAGGACUGUCUAGAGGGUAUUACUUCCGGUAGGAAAGCUUUUACUACUCACUUUUGCACCAGAGUGCCUGGCAGAAGUCACGGGUUCGAUCCGUCUAGCAAGGGGAUUAAUUGUUCGGAUAAUUAUGUUGGAUCGGGCAACAGUAGCAGGGAUGCUGCUUCGCAGACUAACGAUGUUCAGACUCAGACGUCGUUUAGCUCUGUUUCUUCUUUACUUCAAGGCACCAAUUCCAAGCAUUACGAAUCAAGGAGGAAAACCUCACCUGGUCUUUUGCGGAAGUUUGAUGAACGCGAUUUCUGGACUGGACAGCAAGAAAAAAAAGAAGUACCAGGCUCGUCAUCGUCAUCGUUGUCGGUGGACGUGACAAGUAGAAAGUCAAAUAUUCCCCCAACGUGCGACUCACAAUCAGGAACAACCGGGGCGGCUAAUUCCUCGGGUAAAGAGGACACAGCUAAGCGGAAAUCGCGGACCGUGCACAUCGACGUUUACUGUACGGGAUCCGAGGAGGAGGAGGAGGAGGAGGAAGAUGAAGAAGAGGAGGAAGAUGACGCAGAGGACAGCAGCUACUCGGACUCGUCCGAGGCCUCUGAGAGGCUCGCGGAAAAACCGCGGACGAUAUUCGAGAGCGAUAGAGUGAGAGUGACGCACUCGAGGGCUGAGGAAACGCGGCUUCCUCGCGGCCUCCAGGACGACAAAGCCUUUCUUAAACGCUCGGAGGAACUCAGUUGCGAGAGUUUCAAACAGGCCCCGAUGCGGAUGCCGUCGUUGGCGAGUUCCCGGGGCUAUGAGACCGACGAUGUUCUAAGCUCGUUGUACCCGUCGCAAUUUAGUUCUUACAGCGCGAUCCGGGACUUGGACUCAACGCCCUGGUCGGCUGCCUCGUCGUGCGUUGGUCUGAACCCGCACCCUGACUCGUACGAUUCGGCGACGGCGACGUCGUGGAAGGACACGAUAUCCGACGUAGAAUCUCUGCUGAACAGCAAGUCCGGACUCACACCUUGCGACAGCUUUGAGUACGCUAAUUCGUCCGACCGCGAGAGGAUCGGCAGGCUCGAAACUGCCUGGGACGAGGAUGCGGAGAGCCGCGAGAAACGGUCCAAGACUUGGCGUUCGCCUCAGAUAGAGAGGCGGCAACUUCUGCAGAACAGGAAGAUGAAGGAGUUCCUCGACAAGCACCAGGUCGGCUGGUCAUCCCCGGAGAGCGCCGCUGAGUCAGACGACAGCGCGGAAUUGGGAUGGAGCUUCGUUUCGAGCGAGGAGAAUUCACGACAUGUCAGAAGGGACUCGACCGUUCGCAGGCCCGGCAAGGAGGCCCAACGGGUUCAGGCGGCCCCUUCCAGGGAGCCGGAGGAUCGUGGCUGCAUGAGCGAUACCGCGGGGAAAACAACCUUCUGCGGUUUGAGGGACCAGAUCGGACCCUUUGGUGCGAAGAGUCCCUCGCCGGCGAAAGACAAGGUCGAAUCGCGCGUUACUUCACCGUUUACGACGCCCCAGGGCGAGAAGACCGACCACAUAAUCAAGGCUUCGGUCUUUGGCGCGGUUGUUGGCGCUUUUAGAAAACCCGGACACCACAUCGGACCCUCGAAGAAUCCAUCCUGCUCGUGUGAGCACUGCAGAAGGUUCUUCGAGGAGAACGCGGGGCCCAGAGGACGGUCCAGAUCUCUUGGCGAUAUCGAACGGCGACCCGGAGCCUGGUUUAGGAGAAAUAAAGAUAUCAUUUCUCAGGCACCUCGUAACUCGAAAAACGGCGUUUCGUAGAAGUAUUGUUAUGAUUUUUUUUUUUUUUUUCACUUUUCCUAUUGCUCCACGGCGAACUAUAGAUACAAAGUAUAAAAUUUUGUGUUAUAAUGAUAAAUUGAGAUCUGGUGUUAACCAUUACGAUGUAAUCCAUGGAAACGUUACUUACGGAUCAAGUUUUUAGUUCCAUUUUUAUCUCCCCUUUUAUUUUCUGUUAUUAUCUUCUUCUUAUACUCUUAUUUUUGCAAAGUCACACGAAAUUCUAACGAUUUUUAGUCAUACAGAUCGAUCUACGGUAUCGGUGAAUCGAAUUGUAAGUUGAAAUUGCGUGGGUAUGAUUAAACAAUUUUUAUUUUUAUUAAACCUUGACGCUAUUUUCUUUAUUUUUCUCCUAUUUGAUUCUAUUUUUUUUUUUUACCCGGUACAAAAUACAAACUUUUAGACGCAGUGAAAUCGUGCAGAUCUUCUAUACAUACGCCCGACAAAAUUACAACACUAAUUCACGCUAUACGAUGUACCGUUAAUCAUAAUGAUACUGUUAAUAAACAUUAAUAGACUUAUUA